GCUCCUCUCUGAGGGAAGAAGAGGCAACAGAGGCAACAGAGGCGGGGAGGAGGAGGAGGAGGCCUUGGCGCCUGAGGGAGGGAAGGAGGGAAAGAGGCGGGCCUGGCGGGGAGGGCGGCGCUCGGACGAGGCAGGAAGGGCUGUGGCUGGAGCCGGGGCCGAGCCAGGCCGGAGUCGACGCCGAGGGACCCCAGCCCGGCGCCCUUCCCGCCUGGAGCCCAGCCGGCCCAGUGGUGUUCAAGAAUACUGUCAAGUUCGAGGAACCAGGGGAGCAGGCCCUGAACUAUGGCAGUGUGGAUCCAAGCCCAACAGCUGCAGGGGGAUGCCCUGCGACAGAUGCAAGCCCUGUAUGGCCAACACUUUCCAAUUGAGGUCCGCCAUUACCUCUCACAGUGGAUUGAGAGCCAGCCAUGGGACUCAAUUGACCUGGACAAUCCCCAGGAGGGUGCCAAAGCCACUCAGUUACUGGAGGGACUUAUCCAGGAACUGCAGAAGAAGGCAGACCAUCAAGUUGGUGAGGAUGGCUUCCUUCUGAAGAUCAAACUGGGUCACUAUGCCACCCAGCUGAAGAACACAUAUGAACACUGCCCUUUGGAAUUGGUGCGCUGUAUCCGGCACAUCCUCUACCAUGAGCAGCGUCUGGUUCGAGAGGCCACAGAUAGCCCCUCUCCAGCCAGCAGUCUAGCUGAUGCCCUGUCUCAGAAGCACUUACAGAUUAACCAGACCUUUGAGGAGCUUCGCUUGGUUACACAGGACACGGAGAACCAGCUAAAAAAGCUUCAGCAGACCCAGGAAUACUUCAUUAUCCAGUACCAAGAGAGCCUGCGUCUACAAGCCCAACUUACUCAGUUGGCCCAGCUAAACCCCCAGGAGCGUAUGACCCGUGAGCCUACUUUGCAGCAGAAGAAGGCAUCAUUGGAAGCUUGGCUGCAUCGGGAGGCACAGACGUUGCAACAAUAUCGUGUGGAGCUGGCUGAAAAACACCAGGAAACGCUGGCCCUGCUCCGCAAACAGCAGACAAUCAUUCUGGAUGACGAACUUAUCCAGUGGAAAAGACGGCAGCAGCUAGCAGGAAAUGGCGGGCCACCUGAGGGCCCUUUGGAUGGCCUGCAGGCCUGGUGUGAGAAGCUGGCUGAGAUAAUCUGCCAGAAUCGUCAACAAGUUCGACGUGCUGAACAUCUCUGCCAGCAACUGCCUAUACCAGGACGCAUUGAGGAGAUGCUGGUUGGACUCAAUGCUACCAUCACAGACAUAAUUUCGGCCCUGGUCACAAGCACCUUCAUCAUUGAAAAGCAGCCUCCUCAAGUGCUGAAAACACAGACCAAGUUUGCAGCCACAGUAAGGCUGUUAGUAGGUGGAAAGCUAAACGUUCACAUGAAUCCCCCUCAGGUGAAGGCCACCAUCAUCAGUGAGCAACAGGCCAAAGCCCUUCUGAAGAAUGAGAGCACCCGCAAUGAAAGCAGCGGUGAUAUCUUGAAUAACUGCUGUGUAAUGGAAUAUCACCAAGCAACUGGAACAUUGAGUGCUCAUUUCCGCAACAUGUCUUUGAAGCGGAUCAAGCGCUCAGAUCGGCGUGGAGCUGAGUCAGUGACUGAGGAGAAGUUCACCAUCCUCUUUGAGUCUCAGUUCAGUGUCGGAGGCAAUGAGCUGGUGUUUCAGGUGAAGACAUUGUCUUUGCCUGUCGUGGUGAUUGUUCAUGGUAGCCAGGACAACAAUGCCACUGCCACCGUGUUGUGGGACAAUGCUUUUGCGGAGCCGGGCCGCGUGCCCUUCGCUGUGCCUGACAAAGUGAUGUGGUCACAACUCUGUGAAGCUCUGAACAUGAAGUUCAAGUCGGAAGUCCAGAGUAGCCGAGGGCUCACUAAGGAUAACCUUCUCUUCCUGGCUCAGAAGCUCUUCAACAGCAACAGCAGCCACAUAGAAGACUACAACAACAUGCCUGUCUCCUGGGCUCAGUUCAACAGGGAGAAUCUUCCAGGACGAAAUUACACAUUCUGGCAAUGGUUUGAUGGAGUGAUGGAGGUCCUGAAGAAGCACUUGAAGCCUCACUGGAAUGAUGGGGCGAUUCUAGGUUUUGUCAAUAAGCAGCAGGCCCAUGAUUUAUUAAUCAACAAACCAGAUGGAACGUUCCUCCUGAGGUUCAGUGACUCUGAGAUUGGUGGUAUCACAAUUGCCUGGAAGUUUGAUAAUACUGACAGAAUGUUCUGGAACCUGAUGCCCUUCACCACCCGUGACUUCUCCAUCCGGUCACUAGCAGACCGUCUUGGAGAUCUCCCAUACCUCCUUUUUGUGUAUCCUGACAGGCCUAAGGAAGAGGUCUUUUCCAAAUACUACAUGCCAGUCCUUGCAAAAGCUGUGGAUGGAUAUGUGAAGCCACAGAUCAAGCAAGUUGUGCCAGAGUUUGCCACCACGUCUGGGGACUCUGCAGGUGGAGGGACUACUUAUAUGGAGCAAGCAUCAUCCCCAGCUGUUUGUCCUCAGUCCCACUACAACAUGUAUGCACAGAACUCUGACUCUGUACUGGACCCGGACGGGGACUUUGACUUGGAUGACUCGAUGGAUGUGGCACGGCACGUAGAAGAACUGCUGCGGCGCCCCAUGGACAGCCAGUGGAUCUCGCAUGCACAGUCAUGACCUUGCCCCCUUCCCUGAAGAGACCAUGCAGAGACUGUGAAACAUGGGUGUGGAGAGGCCAUUGCCAUGCAGGAGUGCAGCUGCUCUGGGAGUGCACUUCCUUACCCUAUAGUGGGGCAGGCUUGCCAUGCUCUAGCUGAGGGGUGGUGUUUGUGAGGACAUGGGUGCCAUCCCUCCCCUUGCCCGUGUACAAAAGGCAGUGGAGUGCUAUUGCUUGGUUUUCCCAUCUGCUCUGCUGUGAGACUUGCCUCAGGUCUUCUGCUUCAGCAUACUGCCUCCUUCUGCCAAGCUACUGUUGAUUUGUGUCAGGAAACCAUUACCUCCCACCCUCCCAGAAUGCAGCACACUGCCAUUCUUUGCCUAGCAGCCUUUUGGGGGGUGAGGGGAUUGGGGGUGGCCUGGGAGUGGUGAGGACUGAGCUGUGGAAGAGAGUAGGCCUUAUUUGAAGGAUCGUAUUUUGUAAUCUUUCUGUGUAUGAAUUUUCUUCUCUCAGCUACGCCUCGAAAAAACGGUGUGUGAUUGUUUGUGUGCAAUUGUGUGUAUGUAUGGUGCAUGUGUCUGCGUUUGGCCUGUUUCUAUUGUGCGGGCAUGUGCAUGGCACCCUGCACAAGAAGCAUUUGGUCUAUGGGAGCAUUGCUCCUGUUUGUACCCAAACAUUGAAGCCAGCCCCUGCCAGGUCCCUUUGGGCUUGGCAGAAUCCCUUAGAGCCUUUUUAUGUCCCACUCUCCCCAUGGAUUAAAGCUGGUCUUUUCUGUUAGGUUGCUUACAUCUUGACUGCUCCAUCUAAAGUCCCUUGACUUCUGGCAUGUCUGAAGUGUGCUAUUCAGAAGACUGGGGUGUGAGAAUAUCUUUUUUAAAAAUGGUGCAGAACUAACAUGAAAUAAUGGCGUAUUUGCCUCACCCGCCCACUUAGAAUACAGAGUGAGGAGCAGGUUCCAGAAUUUCCUUACUGGGUUCAGGAAUAAAAAAGAUAUCUAGAGGUGAGAGUUCUAGAUGAGUCAAGAAAAUCAGCCACUUCUCUUUUUCUUCUCUCCUCCCUACAACCCCUGACCUUUCAUUAGGUUGAAACAACUGGGAAGAAUUGCAGCCCUACAGGCACUAUUUUUAUAUCUAUUAGACAAUAAAGAUAAGACUAUUUUAACACAAUGUUAAAAGAUUUCUCACAUAUAUGUCUGUCGGUCAGAUUAUUGUUUUAAUGAAUGGAUCCUAUCACCAAUUCAGCCAUCACCAUGUUUUUCCUUAGGCCCUCAAGGAAGUGUUCAGUGAACCACAUAGAUUUUGUAGUUCCACCACUGAUGUGUUCCCACAGUUUUGGGCUAUGGGGGUGUUGUGUGUUUUCAGAUUGGGCUCAGAUGCUUAGGGUGUCCACCUUACUUGUCAGGUAAAUGGUAAAACCAGAUCCUCUUCCAUGGACAGUUGCUUGGAGUUGAUGCAAAGGUAGUAGAAGCCGAAGUGUUAAAGUUUGAGGGAGUCAGGGCCAAGCUGAAAGGUAAUGUGUCCUAAAGCUAUGACUCACUUCUCUUUGUGCCAUAGAUAUCCCUGUAGUUUUGUGUCAUUUCAUGGCUCCACCUGAACAUCAUUGACCUACGAUUUUCCUUGUACAAGAAAUUGAUGCUUUCUCCACCAUUAUCCCACACAAGACUUUAUGUGGAAGAUCACUGUUCUGGUUAUUUUCGAUUUCCAUUCACCAACCUCCCAGAGAAACUUUCACAGAAAGAUUUAAGUAACUCUUAGUACAAUGUUUGUCCUUUGCUUAUCCAAAAGUUAGAGUCAUUGGAUAGAUGUGUCUGGGUGCAACAUUUGCAGGAGACAGUUGUGCCUGUUCUUUACCCUUCGAUAUCACCAAAGGGAGUACAGUAUUUCUUUUGGACAAUAUUUUGUCUCCGAAGCACAAUGGAACACACCCUCCUCCCCCCCUACAGGUUUGCUUACUGAGUUAGAGGAGCAGAAAUUGCAUGCACUUUGCACCUGAAAACAACUUUUUGAAGGCUAUGCAGGCAGACAUAUGUCUUCAGAGCAAACGCAGUAUAUUCACGCUGAGGUCAUGCUGUGAAGGCUAACUGGCGUUGAGUUGAUUUCAUGCUGUCUGCUGUCUUGAAAUGUUAACAAAUAGUCACUUCUCAAAGGGCCAUGCCAGACACAAUUUAUUUUCCCAAGAACAACCAAAUGAUGUUGUUUCAGACAAUUUGUUCCUUCCAGUGAAAGCACCAGCAAAAACACAGAGAUAAACAUAAUAGCAGGAAAAUAUAAUUCCAACCCCUGUCUUAAUAGUGGCUACUCUGGCUUGCAGAUAAUUUGGUAGGUUAGUUGCAGUCAUAAUAUUUUGGUCAGGAUGUGUGACAGCAGCAGGAGAUAUCACAACUUCUCCUGCCUUCAUGCACUGAACACUGAAUCAAUAACUUUAUAGAUUUCCUUUGCUGUUUUCUCACAUUUUUGCCUCCACAUUUUUCUUUUUGUAAAAAAAAGCUUUUGCCUGUCAUUGCAAGAUUAUCAUUAUACUGCAUGGGUAGCACCACCCAGUUUUUGUUGUGUGGAGAUAGUGACAUUGCUGCAGAUAGCAAUGGAACAGAAACUUUGUGGGUAGAGCCUUUCAGAAGGACUCAUAGGUUACAUUAUUCUGGAACAGCAAAAAAGGACAAAUUUCACCCCUGCAGAAAUUUUCUGUCCAUACUGCUUGUACAUUUCCACCCUUAACAACUGGGGGUUCUUUCCCAUUUUUAGCAUCCGUGUUCAUAUACACACGCAUUAUACUCCUUUACCCCUAUUUCCUAUAUUCAUUAUCACCCCCUCCAGGUCCCUGCCACCAUUUUAUUCCCUUCAGUCCUCUUUGGCUCCAACUUCCUACCACAGUCUCAGCACCUCUUUACAUGCCAAACCUACCCCUUUCCAAUUUGUAAGAUUAAUUUAUUAUUUGGGCUGGACAGAGAGUAAUUUUGGAAGGAGGGAGAGAAUUGAAAGUGUUAUGAUAAGAGUUAUUUUUGGUGUGUACAUGGCUGUAUAUCUCUGGUAAACUUUUGAAAUGAUAUAAAGAUCUAUUUACCAGAUUCACUGAUAAUUAUGCCCCUUGCAUACCAUCCGCAAUGCUGGGGAAUACACACCUAUUCUCUGCAUUAGAAAUGGGGAAUGUGUGUCCUCAGGAUAUUGACAGCCACUUUUCCCCAUUGGCUGUGCUAGCUAGGGCUGGUAGGAGAUGUGAUCAACAUUUGAAGGGUCAAAUACUCCCAACCUCUCAUCUGUAUGCAUUUCAAAACUUGCCGAGCCUUAACUUGCUUGCCAACCUUGCAUAUUGGUGCAUCCCUGUUUAUUCCCACUUCUGUUUUCAUCUGUUCACUGUAGAUGGCAAGCCCCAUGUUCUUUAUACGGUUUUAUACAGCCCAUAGCAAGCGGUAGGCCUUGAAGAGCAAUGCCUAUUACUAACAGAGGUGGACAAAGUGUUUUAUUUGGAGCAUGACUUCAAGAAACCAUUAUAGCCAGGGGCCAUGCUGUGUGGGGAUUUCAGAAAAAGUUUUUUUUCAAGUUCUAGUUGCAAAUGACUAAGAAUACAAUCUUACAUGUGUCAACUUAGAAGUAAACCCCUAUUCAUGUCAGUAGGACUUGUUCCAAGUAAGAAAGGAUGGCAUGCCCAAGUUGUAAAACACCAUAGGAUACUGUUCUCAGGAUGCUUUCACAUAAUAAUAUUGAUUUUCUCAGACAAAUUAAUAUAAUUUUAUGUAAAACCAGAAUGGUUAUAUGGGUUAUACGGCUGUGUGGAAGGGCCUUAGUUGUGAGACCUUCAAAAAUACCAGGUGCUGUAGGGUAGAUUUCAGGGAAGGAACUGGCAAAACACCUCAGGAUUCUUUGCCUCAAAACCCUUUUUUUCGUGUCAGGAGUAACUGGAGAGACUGCAAGUCGCUUCUGGUGUGAGAGAAUUGGCCGUCUGCAAAGUCAUUGCCCGGGGUAUGCCCCAAAAACUAUGAAAUUCACAGGGUCAUAAUUCAACAGGUCACUUAAAGACAGAUAAACACAAUGCGAGAGCAAUUGCCUAUAAUUUUUUCACAAUUGUCUGAAAGUGGAUAAAAUGUGUUACAGGCACACCCUAGGCAAACACAGCUUUUGAUUGGGAACACAAACAUAGAAUCUAGCUAGCACAGGAAUGACACAGUGUGGCUUUUUGUUUCUAUUCCCCAUUAACAUGUGGAAUGCCAUGAUGCUGCAGGAAGAAACCGAGUUUUUUAAAGUGAGUUUUUAAAAGACUAUCCACCCAGCAUAACCAUGGUGGGAAAUCCCACCACAGUUUUAUUUUUCCCCAUAUGAAUGGGACUUGUACAAGAGCACAGUGUUUCUGUUCAUUUAAAUAGAAAUCGCACAAAAAAUGCAGUGGAUUGUGUCUGAUCCAUUUUUAGUGAAUGAGAUCAGCUCGUGUUACAAAUUUUCUUCUCAUUGAAAUGAAAUUAUGGUUAAAGCAGAGGUACACAACACAAAGAUUGCACUAUUUUAAAGAACUAUUUUAUCCAAACAAUCUUUUUAAUGGUACAUUGGAAAAAAAACAUUUUCUGCUAAAUUACCACUUUUCUUUAAAAAAAAUAAAUUUAAAAAGCAUGGGUUGGAUGUUAUUUUUUUUGUAUUACCUUUGUAAAGGGAAAUAAAAUUCUCAAGAGGUAUGAUUUAAAAUGCCUUCUAGGUUUUAUUUGGAGAAAAAGACUUAAACGUGGGGAGGGGAAAUGUAUUUUCAUGAAAAUAUUUCUGUUUUGAAAUGUCUAGCAUCUGCUACCAAUAAAGUGUUGUCUUCAAUUUGCAGGGCAA